AGGCAGGGAGAGCCGCGAGGAGCCCCCUCGCCAGCCCCGAACCUGCCGGGGGGAGGGAGCUAGAGACGCGCACAGAGGGGGCUCCUCUUCAUGCCCAAGCAGGAAGUGAGUACAAGGAAGAAGCCAGCGGAGACACAAGGAGGAGGAGGAGUUGGGGUGUUUUUAUCAGACCGACCCGGGAAAGCCGGAGUUUCCAUCCCUCCUUCCACUUUCCUUUCGCCCCCCUUUCCCCACGCUUCCCCAUUUGCCCCGAGCUGGUUCUGGUGAGCCCCACACCCCGCCUCCAUGGCUUCUGCGGAGGACCCUCUGCUUACAGAUCAUGCUACAAGAGAACCAGUAGAAGAUACUGAUCCUAGCACUUUAUCUUUUAAAAUGUCAGAAAAAUAUCCUGUUCAAGAUACAGGUCUCCCUAAAGCUGAGGAAUAUAAUUCAAUUACACUGAAAGUUCCACCAAGUUCUGACAUAAUACAUCAGCAAGAAGAAAAUGGCUAUCCAGACAGUACUGGGGAUCCACUUUCAGAUAUAAAGAACAGCACUUGCCAAGAAAAUUGCACAUGUUCCUUAUGCUCACCCCAGGCCCCCAACAUCAGUGACUUGCUCAACGACGAGGACUUGUUAGAUGUGAUCAGAAUAAAGCUGGAUCCGUGUCACCCAACAGUAAAAAACUGGAGAAAUUUUGCAAGCAAAUGGGGAAUGCACUAUGAUGAAUUGUGUUUUCUGGAACAGAAACAACGGAGUCCUACCUUGGAGUUCCUGCUCCGGAAUAGUCACAAAACUGUGGAUCAACUGAUUGAGCUGUGUAGGCUCUAUCAUAGAGUCGAUGUGGAAAAAGUCUUGCGGAGGUGGGUGGAAGAGGAAUGGCCAAAGAGAGGGCAUGGAGCCUACCAUAAUCACUUUUAAACACUUUCUUCCAUUAUUCCAUUGGUUCUUUGGACAUUAAAAAACCACUGUAGCUUGGGAUGGAGGGAGUACAGGACAUUCUCGCUUUUUUUUAAGUGUUUACUUCAAAAAAGAUGACAUUUGUCUCCCUCUAUGCAGUUUAUGGUUUGGUUUUUGUUGUUGUUAUUGUAUGUGUGUUUGCACAUCUGUAUUUUGAUUUAAUGUUUGAAUCCAGAACUUCAGGAGGAUAAAAUAAAGUGGUAGGCAAGCUCA